AUCAAUGGUAUGAAACAUGGGUUGGAUACAAGGCAACCAAAGACAUUCUAUCAUUUGCAAAUAAAGAUGAAGAAAAUACAGGCUGAGGAAGAGAGGCAAGCUGUAAUAGAUUAUGAAAAUAGGAUUCUAUUAGCAAAACUGACCAAUGUGCUACGGUCAGAUGGACAGUUGGACAAUUGGAACUGGGAUUAUGAGCCAAAAAGUUUGAAUGGACCAUUUAUGGAAAGAGAACAAGCGAAGAUAGCACAAGAAAAUUACCAUAUGCAGAGGAGAUUAAACAAUGUAAGCGGUGUUUAUGAUGCAGAUAAAUGGGAGGAUGAAUAUCUCAUGCAUGAAUACUAUCUUUCACAAAAAUCACAAGAAGUAAAAUCAUAUGAAAUUGAUACCAGAGGGUUUGAUGAAAUGAAAAUUUCAACUAAAGGAAAUGAUGAUGAUGAAGAAAAGUUAGAAGAUGAGCAAACGGAUAGUAUUAAACCAUCCCCCGAGAAAAGAAUGUUGAAGAAACAGGCAACGAGAUUACCGACCCUAGGUAAUCUCCGAAAGAAAGAACAAGAAAGAAAGAAAAAACAAGCUUUUAGUAAACCAAAAGAAUAUAAUGAAUCAGAAGAUUCAACAAAAUUGUUCAAGGCAACCAAGGGAUUAGCACAAACAAAGAAAAUCCUGAUUGAAACUCUGGCUCGUAGAACUUACAUACAACGGCAACAGACAAAAACCAAAUUUCAAGAACAGUAUAAGCUUGACCUUGAAACUGAGUUGAGAUUAAAGUUAGGUGAAACUUAUGAGCACAUUCUGGAUGCUUUACUGAAACAAAGACAGACAUAUGAUGCGUUGUGUUUAAAUCAUGCAUUAUUGACGAAAUCGUAUGUAAUUAUGGUUGAAAUCCUGUGUACAAGAAAUAACAGGGCUAUUAGCCUUAUUAAAGAUGCCUACAAGACUGAGUUUGAUAGGUCGUUAGAAGAUGAUAUAAGAGCAUCAUUAAGUGGAGACUCAAGGAAGAUGAUGUUGGCUUUAGUUAAGGGAGCAAGGAGAGAAACAGGGUCUGUGGAUGAAGAUGAAGUAAAGAGUGAUGUGGAUGCCUUGAUUGAUGCUGGGGAGAGUCGCUGGAACAUGGAAGGAACGAUGCUCAACUUACUGGAAAACAAAAGCUUUGAUCACAUUAGUACCAUUCUCCAGAAAUACACUGAGAAAUCAGGAGAUAAUCUUGACCAUGAGCUACGGAAGGUUUUAGCAGGUGAUAUGAAAGAUAUGAUGCUUUCACUUGUGAAAUGCUUAGAUAAUUGUGUUGUUUAUCUAGCUGAAGUAUUACACAACAGUCUAAAAAAAGGAGAUAAUGAGACCAUUUUAAGGAUUCUCAGUACAAGGGUAGAGAUUGACCUUGUUUUAAUCAGACGUGCAUACAAGCAUCGCUAUGGUGUGUUAUUGGAGGAUGAUGUUGCCAGAAAGUGCACAGGACAUUACAGGAAUCUGCUUGUGCACAUGAUCAGCAUUCACGCUCCGUCGGUUAUUAGCAAGCCUGAAAGCCAAGUGCAAUCCAGUAAGAUACCUAAACUCCCGCCGCCUCCAAGAGUAAAGCCAUUACAAAGGCCUACCCAAAAGAAAACAGAUCGAAUCACUUCAUCAAAUCCUCUUGUGCAAACAUCACCCACAAAGUCUCCACGACGUGUUUCUGACAAGAAAUGAGAAUUAUACAGAGGAAAAAACAUGCUUCAAAAUUGUCCAUGCUUGUUAACUAAAGAGGAAAUUAUGUUCUUUUAAAAAUAUAAUGUUUAAUGUAGAAAAACUUCUAAUCAUUAUUGAUACAGCAAAUACUUUUGUCUGUGUCACCAUCAUCCAAGACAUUUUCAUGAUGGUGGUUUUAUAGAAAAGCUGGAAGAUUCUGCAAACUUUUUAUAUUAUGUUGCAGAGGAAUUUUAGAAGUACUGUUUAGAUUAUGGUAUAGCAGCUGUAGCUUGUUAAGGUGCUUUGCCUUCCAAUCUCAAGGUUCUGGGCUCAAAUUUUCUCAUGACCACAGAUAUAAUAUGUCAUGACAAACAAUUCCAUUAGUUUUAUAUAUUUUUUUGCCAAAAUCUUUUACAGAAAUACAACAAAAAAUACAUUUGGUUGUUAUAGUAAAGCGAGUCUUGUAACAUUUAAACAUAAUUUUAAACAGGGGCAGAUUUAGAGGGAGGACCCCUGUUAAAAUGCUUUUCUGAAAAAUUACAAGCCUUUAGUGAAGUGUAGAUGAAUUGUUAUUUAAGCUUGCAUGGUACCAAGUACAAGCAAAGUUUAAGGGAUUUCCACAUUUGCAUGUCAGGCCCCUAGCGUGGGGGUUAAGGGGGUUACGACGAACCGCCCAAAGACUGGAGAGGGUCCGCAUUUAAAAACAAAAAUUGAUAUUCGUAGACAAAUUUACAAUGUUCUUCAGAGUAUCGGAGAUCAGGGUCUACUUUCCAUCGAAACGAACCUCCCACAAUUUAAGUUGCGUUACGGGCCUGCAUAUUUAGGAAUUGUGUAGUUGCGCCUUUAGUGAAGUGUAGAUGAAUUGUUAUUUAAGCUUGCAUGGUACCAAGUACAAGCAAAGUUUAAGGGAUUUCCACAUUUGCAUGUCAGGCCCCUAGCCUGCAAAUGGGGAAAAAACAAAUUGGUUGGUUGAUUGAGUCUGUGCUGAAUUUCAAGGGCGUGGUCUUACUACUUUAACAACUGUAGAGAGCCGCUUAGUUCACGUCAUUCACAAUGACAUACGGGCUGAAAUAAACCAUAGUGUCGAGGUAACAGCCUCUUUCGAAAGAAGUGUACACUGGACCUGUUUUUAUGUCCUUAAGUCUUAGACUUGGUUCUACCAACUGAUCCCUGGGGUCAAGCUGAAAGCAGCGCGCAAUGUUAGGGCUGUACGGUUUAAGUACACCAGCUUACUGCUCAGCCACUUGACAAUCUGCUAACCCCUAAUAUGUCGUGUCAGUUUUAGGUAAUAGUAACGCCAACAUCUUCAAACUACUGGAUACUUUUGGGCAGAAUUGCCCAAUGACCAGCUUUUGCUGGUUACUGUAGUUGUAUGUCUCCUACUGUCGGAUGAUGAGAAUUCAAUCUAAAUCAGUUGUUGUAAGCUGCCUUCUAUACAAAAUUGCAAAAGCAGUCCCACCUGAGACACUACUUUACAGUCAUAUUCCUGACUAGAUAUAAUAGGCCUGCGCAUUGCAUCUCAGCUAAACAGAGAUGGAAAACUAAAAGGAUUCUUACAUGCUUAAGUAAAUUAUAUGUAUAAACUAAACUGCAAUACAGUAUAAUAAUAAUAAUUCAUUCUAAAUCAGUUGUAACCUGCCUUCUAUACAAAAUUGCAAAAGCAAUCCCACCUGAGACACUACUUUACAGUCAUAUACCUGACUAGAUGUAUAUAUUGUCUAAAUAUCUUUUAAACUUUCAUGAUACAGCAAGUGUCAAAAUGUGGUUAUGUAGUUAGCUGGGCUAUUGUUCAGUUGUUAAGUCUUCUGAAUAUUUUGGUGCUUUCAGAGAAAAAAUAUUUUCAGUUUUUUAAACAUUUAUAUAUUUUGUAUGAUCCUAUGUGAUAAUGAUGUAGUUUAAGUAGUUAGUAAGCUUAGACAAUAGUUCUUCCACUUGGUGCUUAUAAGGGUUUUACUUCAGCAUGAACAUUUAGGAUUUACCAUGGGGGAGGGCUUGGUGCGGACACACUUAAAUUUGUUCCAGUGAUUUAGAAUGCUAAAAAAGACAAGUUUUCAUUAAACUAAGUAGAGUAGGUCGAGGUCAUACAUAGAUUUAUUUACUUAUACUGUAGAAGGGAGAAGAGAUUUAGUGGUCAUCGCAAAUACAAAUAAGGAAAUUCAUCUUGCAUUGUCAAUUUCUUUAAAAAAGAAAAAGAAUCACUUUCAUGUACAAAAUGAGUCGGUUACAGCAUUAAAAUAGGUAUUCCACACAACUUCAUUAAUAA